CUGUUACACGCCACAGAACCACUGCAAGAUUACCUGGCAAAUGCUGGGUGCCUCAGGCCAUUAAAAUGCAUUGAAGACAGAGACCUACUUGUUCAAGACAUCCUCAUGUUUCAGGUGGUCCACAGAGUCUGCGGGGCACUUGAAAGAUUUGUGGAGGGGCUGAAUACCCUUGGUGUUCUGAAUGCAAUCCGAAUGCAUCCUGGCAGUUUUAGGCCCUUAAUGUGCCAUGAACCAUCUGCACUCACUGCUGACAUAAUGGAUCACCUUUUCCACAACCGCCUGUCUGAAGUGGGAAGCAACAAGAGAAGAGCAGAGGAACGUGUGGUACCAUUUUGGAGGGACUACCUGCAGGAUGUUGAAGAGCAAGAAGGACCAUCAAAGCUAGGUAAAAUCCUAGCCUUUGCCACAGGUGCAAGUGUCAUCCCUCCAGUUGGCUUCUCCCCACAGCCAUCAAUCGAUUUCCUGCAUGAUCAUUCCUCCAGCCCGAGACGCUGUUUGCCUAUGGCCAACACCUGCAUUAACUGCCUUAAGCUACCGCUUUUUGACAAAUAUGGGGAUUUCAGGGAGAGAAUGGACUUUGCAGUUGGUAACACACAGGGUUUUGGUAGGGAAUAACAGAACAUCAUGAGUGGUUAGUUCCAAGUACCCUCUUGAGGAUGUUUGGAAUAGACAGGUUAAGAAUACACAGUGAAAAUAUAUGUUUGUUUUUUUACCAGA